CUCAUCUUCAAGAUACCCUCCUUAUCCUUUUCUUGUCUUUUCUUGCCCUAGACAUUGAUGUCCUGUUCUGUUACCUCUGCUUGAUUGUCUAAUAUGACGGAAAAGAUCCCCGGGCCACGCGGACUUCCCAUUAUCGGCAACCUCAUAGAUUUAUGGGAUGGUGAAGGCAGCAUUCUUCGAUCUCUGGAGCGUGUUGCUGAUAUCUAUGGACCAAUCUAUCAGGCCUCGGUAGGUCCAGGACCUCGCCGUAUCAUAUGCAGUUCAGAAUCUCUGCUGGAAGAAUUGACCGACGCGCGCCGCUUCGUUAAGGUACCUCCAGUGAUUGCGAACGAUGGAGAUGCGAAAGGUCUUUUCACAGCCCCCAACGAAGACCCGGACUGGGCUCAGGGCCAUCGGAUUCUGAUGCCAGCAUUCGCACCGCUGUCGGUUCAAGAAAUGUUUACAGACAUGAAAGACAUUGCCAACCAACUCAUUCUUUCCUGGGCAAGAAAAGGCCCCGAAAAUCGAAUAUGUGUCACGGAUGACUUCACGAAACUGACACUCGACACCAUUGCGCUAUGCACCAUGAACUAUCGCUUCAAUUCCUUCUACACCGAGGCUAUGAACCCUUUCGUGGAAGCAAUGCUGGUGGUUUUGAAGGAAAACAAUGCCAAGAACAGCAGACCUGGUUUCGUCAACAAGCUCAUGUUCCGAAAGGAAGCUGAACGUCAAAAAGGCCUUGCUUUCAUGAAGAAGGUCGGUAUGGACAUAGUCGAGAACAGACGGGCCGACCCUGUGGAGAAGAAGGAUUUCUUGAACACUCUGAUCUAUGGGAAAGACCCAAAGACAGGUGAAGUCAUGCGUGACGACUUGAUCACAGCACAGAUGACUACCUUCCUUAUUGCUGGUCACGAAACCACGUCCGGGCUCCUGUCAUUUGCAAUGGCGCAUCUGCUGAAGAACGCUCACACCUACUUGAAAGCUCAGAAAGAGGUUGACGACGUCAUUGGCACCAGAGCGAUCGAAGUCGAAGAUAUCAACAAGCUCAAGUAUCUGAAUGCGGUGUUUCGAGAGACUGCUCGUCUCUCGCCCACUGUCCCCGUCUUGCAGAAGAAGGUAAAUCCCGACAUAGCACACAAUAUCGUGACUGUGGAUGGCGGAAGAUAUAAGAUCGAAUCGGACGAUCAGGUGGUGAUCCUGCUGGGCAAAGCUCAAAGGGACCCCAAGGUCUGGGGCGAGACUGCGGCAGACUUUGACCCUGAUCGUAUGGCAGACGAAAACUUCGACAAGAUCAUGAGUGAGCACCCUGGUUGCUGGAAGCCUUUUGGAAACGGAAAGAGAGCCUGUAUUGGCCGUCCUUUUGCCUGGCAAGAAUCGAUGCUCGUAAUUGCCAUGGUGCUCCAGAAUUUCGAUGUGAAGCUGGAUGAUCCCAAGUACAUAUUGAAAAUCAAGCAAAACUUGACCAUCAAGCCUGACGAUCUCUAUGUCCGAGUCACGCCACGGAAGAAUAUGGACGCAACGACUGUCGACAGGAUCAUACAUAACAAGACUCGAAUGGGCGGCACCAACGGCGUGACAAAGGCGACGGAACUCUAUGGGGACAUUCCGCGCCCUGGAUCAUCGUCGUCGACGACAAAGCCAAUGACAAUUCUGUAUGGCUCGAAUACUGGGACAUGCCAAGCUUUCGCUCAGAGGUUGGCAUCGAAUGCUGCGUCUCACGGGUUCCAGGCCAGUGUCAUGGACAUGGACGGCGCUACAGACUCGAUGCCUAAAGGCUCACCUGUUGUUGUUAUCACCUCAUCCUACGAAGGACAGCCUCCAGAUAAUGCAGCCAGAUUCAUCGAGUGGCUUCAAGGCUGCAAAGAGGUUUCUCUGUCCGGCGUCGAGUAUACCGUGUUUGGGUGCGGUCAUAGAGAAUGGUCUCAGACCUUCCAUCGUAUCCCCAAGCUGACCGACAGCCUGCUCGCAAAGUACGGAGCCAGACGCAUCGCACCUGCAGGCUACGCCGACGCAGCCAAGGGCAAUCUGUACGGCGAUUUCGAAGACUGGCUCGAUACCUCUUUGUGGCCGAACGUGUCUGGGCAAGCAUCGGACGACUCUCAACCCACCAUUCAAAUGGACGUCGAGGUCUCGACCAAUGCUCGCGCCUCGAGUCUUCGCUACGACGUCAGCAUCGGAAAAGUCACGGAGAAUAGAGUGCUUACUGGCGCUGGAGAACCGACCAAGUGCCACAUGGAGAUUGAGCUGCCGUCCGACCUGACUUACGAAUGUGGCGAUUACCUCGCAGUACUCCCCCUCAACUCGGAAAAGAGCGUCAAACGCGUCAUGGCGCACUUUGGCCUGCCCUGGGACGCGGUCGUCACUGUGAAAGCGACGGGGCCAUCUAUCAUCCCUAAGAACGUUCCGCUCUCGGCGUUUGAUGUUCUCCGGAGUUACGUUGAGCUUUCGCAACCUGCGACGAAGAAGAAUCUGCGCACACUAGCCAUGUACACCGCCGAAAACACCGAUAAGACGUAUCUGGAGGGUCUCGCCGAUGAUGACACGAGGUUUGAGACCGAGAUGGUCAGCAAGAGAACAAGUCCAUUCGAUCUUUUGGUCAAGCACGCAAGUGUCAACCUUCCUUUUGGCGAAUUCUUGGGCCUCCUCCCACCACUGCAUGUGCGGCAGUACAGUAUCUCCUCGUCCCCUCUGGCCGACGCGAAUAAAUGCAGUAUAACUUACGGGGUGAUCGAGACUCCGGCAUUGUCGGAUCCAGAACAACGUCAAAGAUUUGAAGGCGUCUGUGGGAGUUACUUGCGCUCAUUGACAAAGGGUGACUCCAUUCAAGUCAGUGUAAGGCCCAGCGCGAAGAAGAGCUUCCGAUUACCUCUGGACGCUGAAUCCACGCCGUUACUCAUGUUCGCUGCGGGGACUGGGAUAGCGCCUUUCCGCGGGUUCUUGCAGAGCCGGGAUGUUCAGAUGCGUGCUAAUCCAGGACGUAAAAUGGCGAGGGCGCAGUUGUUCGUCGGGUGUCGGAGUAAGACUGAGGAUAGGUUGUACGGCGGGGAGAUUGAUGAGUGGGUGAGACGGGGCGUGGUUGAUGUGAGGUAUGCUUUUUCGAGGGACAGUGAAGAGUCGGAAGGGUGUAAGUAUGUUUCGGAGCGGAUGGUGAGGGAUGCGAGGGAUGUUGUUGAGGUGUGGAGGGGUGGGGCACGGGUGUAUGUCUGUGGGACGGGGAGUUUUAGGGAUGGUGUGAGGGAGGCUGCUGUCAAGAUCGCUGAGAUGGUUGCCGAGAAGGAGGGAGGGCGCGAAGGGUCGGACGAGGAGAAGGCGGAGGUGCAAAGACGGUUUACGGCAAUGUUGGAGGAACGGGUUGCUAGUGAUGUGUUUGAUUAGAUUUUGCUCUGUUGGCAUCGGGUGGAGACUCAUAGAUGGGAUAUUGACAGAUUUUUCCACAGUGUGGUUCAUAAGAUGGCACGAUAGUGCUG